AUGGAUACAUACGUAUCGGAACAAGAAACUACUUACGACUUAAUACGGAAGAUAGGAAUAAACUUCAAAAAGCAAGGAAAAACACGCAUUACGAAAGGCUACGUACAAGCAAGAAUCGACACACUUAACGAGUAUUGGCAGAAAUUCCAGACAAACCAUUUCCAAAUUGUUAAAUAUGCAACGAGCGCUCAAAGAAAAGAACAUGUUUAUUUCGUCAACGACAUUUAUUCUGUUGGAGAAGAAGAGUAUUUUAUGAUAAAAGGAGAAUUGUCAGAUACUAUUGAUCUGUUCAACAAAUCUACCGCUGUGAGAGAGAACCCGCAACCGCAUCCGCAGAAUAACACGUCAGAUGUAAACAAGCAAUCUACGCAAGAUGUAAAACUUCCCAAAGUAAUACUGCCCCAAUUCUCGGGAAAUUAUGAAGAAUGGACAUCUUUUCGAGACCUAUAUACGUCACUCGUUCACAACAAACCAUCUUUGAGCAAGGUACAAAAACUUCAUUAUUUGAAAUCAAGUGUCACUGGUGAAGCUGAACAAUUAUUGAAACAUCUACAAAUAACCGAGAAAAACUACGAUGUCGCAUGGGAAACUUUAGACAAGAGGUACAACAACAAACGCAUGAUAGUGAACACAAUCUUGAAUAGAUUUAUGAAUCAGAAGAGAGUAUACAACGGCACUUCCAAAUCUAUUAGAGAACUUCUCGAUACUACUCAAGAAUGUCUGAACAGUCUUAAAAACAACGACGUGAAGAUAAACGAGUGGGAUACAAUUGUUAUUCACAUUAUUCUCAACAAAUUGGAUGAAGAGACACGCAAACAGUGGGAAGAGGAGAUAAGCACGCUACCUGUACAAGAGUUGCCGAAACUUGAGAAGUUAACAACCUUCUUGGACACACGUUUCAGAGUGUUAGAAAUGAUUCCGUCUACAACUUAUUCGAAGGACAGAGAGAGAGCUAUCGUGAGACAAAGAUCCUUUCUAACAAGCCCCGCUACAACUACAGUACAAUGUUCCUACUGCAAGCAAGACCAUUUGAACUAUCUAUGCAAAGAAUUUGCAAAUUUAGAUGUCAACAAUAGAGUUCAACACGUCCAAAAGGAGAGACUAUGCUUCAACUGCUUGUCAUCAAAACAUAAUGUGAAAAACUGUAAAUCCAAAGUAUCCUGUCAUCAUUGCCAAAGAAGACAUCGUUCUUUACUUCAUUUUGAGAAUCAAACCGCUGAAGAGAGAGAGAACAAUCAACAAUCCACGUCGAAAGCACCCGCAUCCAAUUCAAACUAUACCAUGAGAGAAGAGUCUACCACUAAAACUUCAGAAACACCAAAACUGAGAAAUUAUCUUAUCACUCAGAGUCAUACUGCACUAAUGGCUACCGCACUAGUAAAUAUCAAGACCGGCCAUGGUAUGCAAGUACUACGAGCACUCAUUGAUCCCUGUUCUCAAGAGUCGUUCAUAAGUGAAGCAACUGUUAGAAAACUACAACUUCGAAGAAAAACAGUUGAUGGAUUAAUUACCGGAGUGGGUAACAUGUCAACUACAAUCAAAUCCGCUACAAACAUAGAGAUUUACUCAAGAUUCGACAACAACUUCAAAGCUGACUGCACAGCCUACAUUGUUGAAGAUGUCACUGACAUAAUGCCAGAAGUCCCGAUCAAUCCACAGAAAUGGAGUCAUCUGCAACACCUGUCACUGGCAGAUCCAACUUAUCAUACACCAAGCAACAUUGAUUUACUACUUGGAGUUCAUAUCUACUCAGACAUCUUAAUGAAUGGAGUGAUUAAAGGAGAACCAGGUACUCCCAUAGCACAACAAACACGCUUGGGAUAUAUACUGUCAGGAGGUCAUUUGACAAACAACCGCACAAGAGAAUUCAAAACCAUGCAUCUGAACAUAACUUUAGAGGAGAUGGUAGAAAAAUUUUGGGAGACAGAGAGAUUAGAGUCAGAGGAAAACGACACUCUCACCCCACAAGAACUUAGAGCUGAGAAAAUAUAUCAAGAAACUGUAACUAGAGAUGUUGAUGGAAGAUACAUUGUGGCACUUCCCUUUAAAAGCGACAAACCUAUUUUACCUGAGAAUUCGAGAGAAAUUGCACUGAGAAGAUUCAUGAGCACUGAGAGAAGAUUAGAAGCAAACAAAAAAUUGAGAGAAGCCUACAACGAGGUCAUGAGAGAGUACAUAACACUUCAACAUAUGGAAUUGAUCGAACGAGAUGAGUCUGUUAAAGAAACUGACAAACAAGUAUAUUUGUCACAUCACCCUGUGAUCCGUGAAGAUAGAGAAACUACCAAGUAUCGCAUAGUCUAUGACGCUUCAUGCAAAGGAAGCAACGGAGUGAGCCUCAACUCAGAACUGCUAGUUGGUCCGUCACUUCUGGGAGAUCUUCGAGACAUUCUUAUGAGAUGGAGAACACACAAAGUCUGUUUUGUGGCUGAUGUCAUCAAAAUGUAUCGCCAGAUCCUUGUAAGAAGAGAAGACACAGACUUUCAGAGAAUACUUUGGAGAUUCAGCCCUGAUGAAGACAUAAGAGAAUACAGAAUGCUAACAGUCACAUUUGGAACAGCAUGUGCGCCAUUUUUAGCUAUCAAAACCUUGAGACAAAUAGCAAUUGAUGAGGCAAACACAGAAGAAUAUGCCCAAGCUCGAGAGAUUAUCAACCACUCUUUCUACAUGGACGAUGUACUGUCAGGGGGAGAUACAGAAGAAACUGCAAUAGAAGCAAAACGUCAAUUAACAGAAGUACUAAGAAGAGGAGGUUUUGAACUACAAAAAUGGUCUUCAAAUAGCAAAAAAUUCAUCAAUACAGUCGAAACAGAGAAGAGAGCGAAGAAAUGUGAGAUAGACAUCAACAAAAAAGAGACAAUCAAAACCUUAGGAAUAACAUGGAACUCAAACGAAGAUACUCUCUUAGUAACUAACAAAAUUAACACUUUAUCUGAACAACGAGUAACUAAGAGAAACGUCUUAACUAUCAUAGCUUCCUUGUUUGAUCCAAUGGGUUGGCUAGCACCAUCUGUAGUCAUGGGAAAGAUAUUUCUACAGAAGAUUUGGUCAAGAGGAUUAUCAUGGGAUACAGAACUACCAGAAGACUUAAAGACAGAGUGGAAAACCUUUUGCAAUGGUAUAGAGCACCUGUCACAAAUUAAACUUGAGAGAUGGAUUGGAACAACCAACCACAGUGAGUUAAUAGAACUACAUGGCUUCGCUGAUGCAUCAAUGUCAGCCUAUGCAGCAGUAGUCUACAGCAGAGUAAUACAACCAGAUGGAGAAGUCAAAGUGUCACUUAUCAUGGCAAAGACAAAAAUCUCACCGAUGAAAAAACAACUUACUUUGCCCCGUCUAGAAUUGAGUGCAGCGCUACUACUGAGUCAACUGCUGAAACAUGUUGCUACAGCUAUGAAGAUCCAGAACAAAAAUACAUACGCAUAUUCAGAUUCAAAAGUAACUUUAGCUUGGAUUCUCGGAGACCCGCUGAAAUGGACAACAUUUGUGAAGAACCGAGUCAUUGAAAUCAACAAUAACAUAAAUACUACAUGGUCAUACGUGAAUACUAAAGAAAAUCCUGCAGAUCCAGCGACGAGAGGAGUCACACCUGAGAAAUUGAAAGAACAUACCUUAUGGUUUCAAGGUCCAACAUUCUUACAACAAAGAGAAUGGAAAAGAGAAUCUUGUGAAGUAGAAGAUACAGAUCAAGAAACGAGAAAAUCUAUCAAAUGA